AUGCGGCUCUGUACCGACCUGGUGAAACACAAAGGACUGACCUAUUUCAUGAAUGAGUUCAUUCUCCUGGAGCCGACACCAGAACCCUCUCUGGUGCAGGCCAUGUCCCCGGCUCCAGCUGAGACGUCGGGCUGUAAGCCCCCGGAUGGGGGCUGGGGCUGGAUGGUGGUGUUAGGGGCCCACAUAUCCAUUGGAUUUGCGUAUUCCACACCCAAAGCGCUGUCCAUUUUCUUUAAGGCCAUACAGGAGGACUUGGGAGCAAGUUACAGUGAAAUCGCGUGGAUUUCCUCCAUCAUGCUGGCUGUGAUGUACGCAGGAGGCCCAGUGAGCAGCAUGUUGGUCAAUCGCUUCGGAAGCCGGCCGGUGGUCAUAACGGGCGGAUUGAUGUGUGCGGUUUCCAUGGUAACGGCGUCAUUUGGGAACUCCAUCGUUUAUCUCUACUUCUGCAUCGGCGUAAUUGGAGGUUGUGGACUCUGCUUAAACCUGAAUGCGUCGCUCACCAUCAUCAGCAAGUACUUCCUCGCCAGGCGUCCGUUGGCCAACGGGCUGGCCAUGGCCGGCAGCCCGGUGUUCCUCUGCUUACUGGCUCCGCUCAACCAGUACCUGCUGGGAUGGUUCGGCUGGAGAGGCAGUCUGCUCAUCCUCGGCGGGAUGAUGCUGCACUGCUGCGUGGCUGGAGCCCUGAUGAGGCCCGUCGUCGCACUUCGCAAGCAGCCACAGAAAGAAGAGGAGCCGUCCAGAUCGAGCAGCGCCGAUCCGAAGCAAGGCUGCAUGGCCAAGGCCAAGGGCUUCCUGGAUCUGUCUUUCUUCAACGACCGAGGCUUUGUCAUCUACCUGAUCGGAAACGUGCUGUACAUCUUUGGCGCGUACGCUCCCAUUGUGUUCCUGUCGGCCUACGCCGUUCACAAACGCGUGGACGAGUACUCGGCAGCCUACCUGCUGUCCAUCAUGGGCUUUGUGGACAUGUUCGUCCGGCCCGGCACCGGCCUGGUGGCCAACAGCAAGUGGAUCCGGCCCCGAAUCCAGUACUUCUUCAGCUUCGCGAUGGUCUUCAACGGUACCUGCCACCUGCUGUGCCCGCUGAUGGACACCUACCCCCUCCUGGUGGCGUACGCCAUCUUUUUCGGCGUGGGCUUCGGCAUGGUGUUCGCCCUGAUCUUCGAGUGCCUCAUGGAUCUGAUGGGGAGUCGGCGGUUCCCCAGCGCGGUGGGACUGGUCACCAUCAUCGAGUGCUUUCCCAUGCUGCUGGGGCCGCCCGCUGCAGGGUUCCUGGUGGACGCCUUCGGCGACUACAAGUACCUUUUCUUCAUGUGCGGCGCGGUGAUCCUGACCGGCGGGCUCUUCCUCUUCGUGAUGAACGUUUACAACUACCACAUGCUGGAUAAAGAGAAGAGGGCGGAGCAGAAUCAGAUAAGCAUCCACAGUCAGGAGCAGGUGAGCAUCCGCGAGGCCGAGGCGGAGCGACCGGAGGCUGAGGCUGCACCUCCACUCUCAGAGCAGCUCCUGCUGCUGGCCAUCCUCCAGGAAAGUGCAGGAGCAGAGCAUUCGAUCAUCUUCACCCUGUCAGCACAAAGACAAAGAGCUGCCUCCGAGCAAGCGCAGCCGGUCAGAGCUUACCAACGAACCUGUCUCCGCAACAUCAUCGGCAUCCGCUGGUACCACCACUGUGCAAACAGCGAAGUUUACGAAAGAGCAGGAAAUCCCAGCCCUCUGUCUGUCACCAUCAAACAGCGAAGAAUCAGGCUGAUCGGUCAUGUUGGCAUGGAGAGGCAGUACCUCCCCAAAAAGUCCUCUGCGCGGCGACUGGUCCUCCCCCUGAAGGUUGGUGCCGACAUGCGGUACGUCCACGCCUAA